CAACGUGCCUUUAGGUCCCCUUCGUUGUUGACGGGAUAAUGCAAGCACGUCAGGCACUUGUUUUUUACUGAAAUAAAUUCUCAUACAAAAUAUAAACAUAUGCACGAAAUGCAACGAUCACAAUGAUGUAAUUAAAACCAAGCCGUAGUUGUUUGUUUCCAUUAAAACAGUUUUUUUUGUUUAGUAUAUUUUGAUAUGACAUUUACAGACACCUAUACGCAAUUCAAAUGAGCGUGGCUCUACCAAAAGCUAAGUAUACAAAUAAUAUUACCUAGUUAUAAUAACUUUACAAGGAAGCAAACUUAAUCAUAAUCUUUAUAUACUGCGAUUAUUUUCAUGACUUUCUACGACGGUUCACAUCUUAUAUAUUGUUAUGGAUAAACGAACAUUUUUUUUGUGUCGCAACUUAAACAGCCUUACGUCUUGUGAGAGGCCCGGCCGUCUGCAACAUGUAGACUAUAUUGACGAACCCGAUUUCAGUUACUCGUGCUUUUUAGAGAACUACUUAAUUCCCAAUCAGCCAUGUGUCUUCUCUAGGAGGUUUACCGAGGAUUGGAACUGCAGGAAUAACUGGGUAACGCAAGAUGGUAAACCCAGCUUUCCGCGGCUGCUGCAAGAUUUUGGAAAUGCACUGGUCCCAGUGGCAGACUGCAACAUAAAAGAAUACAAUGCCAAUCCAAAGCAGACUGUUCCUCUAAAAGAUUAUCUUUCCUAUUGGGAAGAAUACAUCCAGAAUGGAUAUUCAUCUUCUCGGGGAUGCUUGUAUUUAAAAGACUGGCAUAUGCAUAGAGAAUUUCCAGGCCGUACUGUAUAUAAAAUUCCUGUGUUUUUUCAAUCCGAUUGGCUGAAUGAAUAUUGGGAUUCUAUAGAAGUUGACGAUUAUCGAUUUGUUUACAUGGGACCUAAAGGCUCAUGGACUCCGUUCCAUGCAGAUGUGUUCCAUUCAUACAGUUGGUCUGCAAAUGUCUGUGGGAGGAAGAGAUGGUUGUUAUUUCCUCCUGGUCAAGAAGAUUGUCUGCGUAACUGCCAUGGUGACCUAGUCUAUGAUGUGACGUCAUUAACGCUUCUAGAUAAAAUGAAAUAUCCGAAAUAUGUCUCAAAUUGUCAGCCAAUAGAAAUCAUACAGGAAGCAGGGGAAGUCAUUUUUGUUCCCAGUGGAUGGCAUCAUCAGGUUCACAAUUUGGAAGAUACCAUCUCAAUUAAUCAUAAUUGGGUAAAUGGAUGCAAUAUAAAAAUCAUGUGGAAAUUCCUUCAAGAGGAGCUAUUAACAGUGCAGAAUGAGAUUAAUGAGUGGAAGGAUUCAAUGGAAAACUGGCAUGAGCACUGCCAGGUAAAAAAAAGAUCAUGCACAGGAAUCGAUUAUAAGGAGUUUUAUACAUUUUUGAAAACCAUCUCUAAAAAUCGUAUAGCUUAUUUCAAUACAAGGGCUGAAGAAGCUGCCCUCAGCAAAAUACAUAACUUGACAACAUUGCAAACCCUUGGACCCCACCACGUUUUAUUUGAUUUGCAGCAAAUUUCCUUCCUUUUAGAAGGGUUGAUCAUCAAUGAGGACUUCAAAAAACAGGACCAUUGUUCUUUUACUCCAUUGCCAGAAGCCUUGCUGAAGGAGAUUAAAGAAGUAUUGGUUUAUUGUGAUAUUUAAUUAGUGGAUUCUAUUACUUAUUCUUUUAUGCUUAAACUUGAAAAUAUAAUUGAAGAUCAUCUUGUCCGAAAAUUAAUAGGAUUACUUUAAUCCAUUUUAAAAACAAUACAUUUUACAAGAAUUAUAAGGCUGUAUUAACAGUGCUGAUACUACUACUCCUAAAUGUAUACCUGUAUAUAAAAAUGUAAAUACCUCACACAAAUUUUAUUACUUUUAUCUUGUUUGUGUUUCUAGUUCAGUUAUUUAAGUUAAGUACUUAUUAAGAUAAAAUCACUGGACAGUUAGCAAGGAGUAUUAGAACCCUAAAAUUCCCUUAAUAUUAUUAUUAACACAUUUAUAAUACUUGUAUGAAUAAGGAAGGCACCUAUGCAUUUUCACAGUGUAAACUGCAUUCACAUCCUAUUAUAAGUUAACAAAAAUAAAUCAUUAAAUAAUUUUACAAAA